GGAGGCAUCGGGGGUUGAGCUUUAAGGAGUUAAAACCAUCAAGUACUGCAUUGCUAGAAGGGAGGGGAGAGGAGUGCAGGAUCCAGCGGAUCGCUCACGGGAGGAAGGAGGUGGCCGAGGAGCUUCUGGGCUCUUCCAAGAGUCGAAGCGGCAGCUGGUGGCAUCCCACACUCGGGAUCCCCAUUUGUGACCUUCCCAGCUAGAUUCUUGUCAAGCAAAAUCAUUGGGGAUGCCAGCAGCAAGUUAGAAGCCACAGUCAAGUGAAAUUGCCACAGUGAUUUGCCUAACAACUGCACAGGAACAGAUGUUUUGCAGCCAUUCAUUCAAUCAGGGAAUGAAAAUAUUCUUGAUGACAACAACACAUAUAACAUCAACGUUUCAUUUGUUUUCAAGUUCUUUAUCCACUAAAAGAAAACUUUCUGAUGAAGAGGAUACCAAUAAGAGCACUCCGGACAAGUGAGAAUAACCAGCAACUUUGAAAAUGAAAGCAAAUUGAGCCUUCAGAAAAGCACUCAAUUCUUCUCUCUCCCCAGCUGAUGAGAGACAAAGGGGAAAAAACCAGGAAGAGAUUUCAAACUGGAAAAAGUAGAGGAUGCAGAACUCAACAAUAGAUUACAUGAAAAGAUUCAGGGAUGCUCUUCUCCAGUGUUGCCAGUCUGAGAGAUCAAAAUUAGGACAUUUCAAACUGGACAAUUAAGAUGAAGAGGAUGCCAAUAAGAGCACUCCGGACAACUGAGAAUAACCAGCAACUUUGAAAAUGAAAGCAAAUUGAGCCUUCAGAAAAGCACUCAAUUCUUCUCUCUCUCCAGCUGGAGAGAGACAAAGGGGAGAAAAUCAAGAAGAGAUUUCAAACUGGAAAAAAGUAAAGUAUGCAGCAUUGAACAAUAGAUUACAUGAAAAGAUCAAAGAUUAUUUUUUUCAUUCAGAAAAAGAGGGAAAUAUCUAGAAGUGAGGAGGAAAAAGACAAUUAGAUAUUCACAAAAGGUAGACAGUAAUGCAGGUCUCUAGACAGUAAUUCAGCCUUGCUGUGUGAGGAAGAAAAGAGUAGCUUGAAUCAAACCUCCAUGCAACAAUAGUUCACAAGUUUCAAAUCUUUAUUGUCAGUGAACAACAUAUGUACAAUGAGAUUGAUUGAGCUCCCUCAGUGCACCCCCCCCCAAAACAAUACACACGUAUUUUUGACCUCUUCAAGAAUAUCAGUGGUGGAAAAGCUCCAUAGAUAUGCCUAUUGCGGGUAAAGCACACAUAGCAAAUCACAGAUUAUGCAUAACAGGAUGCACACUGGAGGAAAGCGAAUGUGGGAAAUGAUCUAGUUAAACCAAUUCCCUUGUGUUUCAUGAAAGGACUCGCACAGGAGAAGCCCUUUAGCUGCUCCCAAUGCAGUAAAUGCCUUUGCAAGUGUGGCAACUUGGUUAGAGGACUCACACAAGGAGAAAAGCCUUUGAAUGUGCUAAGAUUGUGAGGAAACUUUCAGUCAGAAUUCCAACCUGGUGAUACACUAGAGGAUGCCCACAGGAAAGAAAUUAUAUAACUGUCCUGAUUGUGGGAAAAGUUUCAUUGCAAAUUCCCACCUAGUGAUACACCAGAGGACUCACACAGGAGAAAAACCGUUUGAAUGCCCUGAUUGUGGGAAAGGUUUCAGUCAAAAUUCAAGCCUGGUGAUACACCAGAGGACUCACACAGGAGAGAAACCCUUUGAAUGUCCUGAUUGUGGCAAACGUUUCAGUUGGAAUUCCAAUUUGGUGAAACACCAGAGGACUCACACAGGAGAGAAACCCUUUGAAUGUCCUGAUUGUGGGAAAAGUUUCAGUCAGAAUUCUGAUCUGGUAAACCAUCAGAGGACUCACACAGGAGAGAAACCCUUUGAAUGUCUUGAUUGUGGCAGACGUUUCAGUCAGAAUUCCAAUCUGGCAACACACCAAAGGACUCACACAGGAGAGAAACCCUUUGGAUGUCCUGAUUGUGGCAAACGUUUCAGUCAGAAUUCCAACCUGAUGACACACCAAAGGACUCACACAGGAGAGAAACCAUACGAAUGUCCAGAUUGUGGCAAACAUUUUAGUCAGAAUUCCAGCUUGGUGAUACACCAAAGGACUCACACAGGAGAGAAGCCAUACGAAUGUCCAGAUUGUGGGAAAGAUUUCAGUAGUAGAAAAUUUCAUCUCGCAAGACAUCAGAGGACACACACAGGAGACAAACCCUUUGAAUGUCCCGAUUGUGGGAAAUGUUUCAGUCGAAAUUAUGACCUGGUGAUACACCAAAGGACGCACACAGGAGAGAAGCUGCCUGAGUGCCCAGAUUGUGGAAAAAGUUUCUUUCAAAAAUCCCAUCUAGUGAAUCACCAAAGGAUUAACACAGGAGAGAAACCCUAUGAGUGUCCAAAUUGUGGGAAAAGGUUCAGUCAAAAAUCCCACCUAGUGAAUCAUCUGAGGACUCACACAGGAGAGAAAUCAUUUGAAUGUCCUGAUUGUGGGAAACGUUUCAGUCACAAUUCCAGCCUCAUGAAACAUCAUAGCAUUCACAUUGGAGGGAAACCAUUUGAAUGUCCUGAUUGUGGGAAAAGUUUUAGUCAGAAUUAUGACCUAGUAAUACACCAGAGAACUCACACAGGAGAAAAACUGCACCACUGCCCAGAUUGUGUGAAAAGUUUCAGUCACAAAUCCCACCUAGUGAUACACCAGAGGACUCACACAGGAGAGAAACUUUUUGAAUGUCUUGAUUGUGGGAAAAGUUUCAGUAAGAAUUCCAGCUUGGUGGACCACCAGAGAACUCACACAGGAGAGAAACCCUUUGAAUGUCCUGACUGUGGAAAAGUUUUCAGUCAGAAUUCCCAUCUCAUGGUACACCAGAGGACUCACACAGGAGAGAAACCCUUUAAAUGUCUUGAUUGUGGGAAAAGUUUCAGUCAGAAUUCCAGCCUGGUGAAGCACCAGAGGACUCACACAGGAGAGAAACCCUUUAAAUGUCUUGAUUGUGGGAAAAGUUUCAGUCAGAAUUCCAGCCUGUUGAACCACCAGAGGACUCACACAGGAGAGAAACCCUUUGAAUGUCUUGAUUGUGGGAAAAGUUUCAGUCAGAAUUCCAGCCUGUUGAACCACCAGAGGACUCACACAGGAGAGAAACCCUUUGAAUGUCCUGACUGUGGAAAAGUUUUCAGUCAGAAUUCCCAUCUCAUGAUACACCAGAGGAGUCACACAGGAGAGAAACCCUUUCAAUGUUCUUAUUGUGGGAAACGUUUCAGUCACAAUUCCAGCCUCAUGAAACAUCAUAGCAUUCACAUUGGAGGGAAACCCUUUGAAUGUCCUGAUUGUGGGAAAAGUUUUAGUCAGAAUUAUGACCUAGUAAUACAUCAGAGAACUCACACAGGAGAAAAACUGCACCACUGCCCAGAUUGUGUGAAAAGUUUCAGUCACAAAUCCCACCUAGUGAAUCACCAGAGGACUCACACAGGAGAGAAACCGUAUGAGUGUCUGGAUUGUGGGAAAACUUUCAGUCACAAAUCCCAUCUAGUGAAUCACCAGAGGACUCAUACAGGAGAGAAACCAUAUGAGUGCCCAGAUUGUGGCAAAAGUUUCACUCAGAAUUCCAACCUGGUGAACCACCAGAGGAUUCACACAGGAGAGAAACCCUAUGAGUGUCCUAAUUGUGGGAAAUGUUUCAGUCACAGUUCCAGCCUGGUCAUACACCAGAGGUCUCACACAGGAGAAAAACCUUUUGAAUGUCCUAUUUGUGGGAAAAGUUUCAGUCGAUACUGCAGCCUGGUGAACCACCAGAGGACUCACACAGGAGAGAAACCCUUUGAAUGUUCUGAAUGUGGGAAAAGCUUCAGUCACAAUUCCAGCCUGGUGAAACACCAAAGGACUCACAAAGGAGAGAAGCCGUGUCAAUGUCCUGAUUGUGGGAAAAGUUUCAGUCACAAUUCCAGCCUAGUGAUACACCAGAGGACUCACACAAGAGAGAAACCCUUUGAAUGUCCUGAUUAUUGGAAAAGUUUCAGUCACAAUUCCAGCCUUGUGAUACACCAGAUGACUCACAAAGGAAAGAAACCCUUUGAAUGUUCUUAUUGUGGGAAAAGUUUCAGUCACAAUUCCAGCCUGGUGAAACACCAGAGGACUCACACAGGAGAUAAACCCUAUGAAUGUCCUGUUUGUGGGAAAGAUUUCAGUCAGAAUUCAGGUCUGGUGAUUCAUCAGAGGACUCACACAGGAGAGAAACCCUUUGAAUGUUCUGAUUGUGGCAAACGUUUCUGUUGGAAUUCCGAUUUGGUUAAACACAAGAGAACUCACACAGGAGAAAAACCCUUUGAAUGUCCUGAUUGUGAGAAAGGUUUCAGUCGGAAUUCAAGUCUGGUGAUUCAUCAGAGGAGUCACACAGGAGAAAAACCCUUUGAAUGUCCUGAUUGUGGGAAAAGUUUCAGUUUGAAUUCCAGUUUGGUUAAACACCAAAGGACUCACACAGGGGAGAAACCCUUUGAAUGUCCUGAUUGUGGGAAAAGUUUCAGUCAGAAUUAUGACCUGGUGAAACACCAGAGAACUCACACAGGAGAAAAACCCUUUGAAUGUCCUGUUUGUGGGAAACGAUUCUGUCAGAAUUCCAGCCUGGUGAAACACCAGAGGAUUCACACAGGAGAGAAACCCUUUGAAUGUUCUGAUUGUGGAAAACGUUUCAUUUGGAAUUCUGAGCUGGUGAAACACCAGAGGACUCACACAGGAGAGAAACCCUUUGAAUGUCCCGAUUGUGGGAAAAAAUUCAGUGAGAAUUCUAAACUGGUGAAACACCAGAGGACUCACAUGAGAGAAACGAUAUGAAUGUCCAGAUCGUGGAAAAAGUUUCAGUCGGAAUUCUAAUCUAAUAAUCAGUGGUGCAAUUCAAUUUUGGGCGUGGCUUGGUGGGUGUUACAGGGGAAGGAUACUGCAAGGAUACUGCAAAUCUCCAUUUCCACCCCCAUUCCAGGGGAAGGAUAUUGCAAAAUCUCCAUUUCUACCCCAGUCUGUGACUAGCCAGAGGUGGUAUUUGCCUGUUCUCUGAACUACUCAAAAUUUCUGCUUCCGGUUCUCCAGAACCUGCUAGAGUUCACUCCUGCUAGUGACACACCAGAGGACUUAUAUCUAUCAUUGGAAGUGUAGAUGAGAAAUUGACUAUUAAGUUCCAGCCUGGUUCAUUUUACUGAAAUAUAUCUCAGAAGUAGGCUGUGAUUGGAGAGAAAAAAUGGAAAAUAUUAAUUUGAUAAAG